AUGAAGUACAUAAUCCUCAGCGCUCUUCUCGCAUCCGCAGCUAUUGCUGCUCCCGCCCCUGCUCGAGGAAACAAGGGCGGUAAUGCUAAUGGUGGGAACAACGCAAACGCAAACCAGGCUGGUGCCGGCGCCGCCCAGGGAGCUGCAGGAAACACUGGAGCUGGAGCUGCAGCUGCUGCUACAGGCGCAACGGGCGCAACGGGCGCAACGGGUGCAACAGGCGCUGCUGGAGCCCAAGGCGCAACUGGACAGACUGGACAGACUGGCACAACUCAGCCCGCUGCUGGUACUCCCGGCACCGUCACUCCAGGAACAUCCAGCGCCGUCCCCCAACCCCCGGGCGGUGCGGCUGGCCAGACUCCUAGUGCUGGAGACCUUGCCACUGCCGUCGCCAACUGGCAGGCGGACACCUCCAUGGUGUCGAUGUUCUUGAACAACGGAAACAGCAUCAACGAUGACACUGCCUUCAAGCAGGCCGCCCUUGUCGCCUUCAACGCCGAGGUAGACGAGCUCACCCACAAGGCCGUCAUCGAUGCCGCCAACGGCCAAAUGCCCAACGUCCAGGCCGCCAACUCCACCCUCGCCACUGGUGGUGCCUUCCAGGAUGUCGUCGACAAGCUCCAGCUCAUGUCCCAGCAGGGCAAGGCUGCUGCCAACAACAUCGACCUCAUCAACCAGAACCGUUGCACCAACGUUCUACCCAACAUCGAUGCUUAUAUGGCGUCCACUGGAUCCAAUACCCAGGCCGUUCGCCCCAACGUCUGCGACCAGACUGGUGUUAUCAACGGUGUCCAGAGCAACGGUCCUACUCAACCUGGCCAGACUCCCGGAACUCCUCAGCAGGCUUUCGCUGCCGCUCAGGCUCUGGCUUCCGGAACCGGCAACGGUCAAAUGUCGCAGACUCCCGCUAACGCUGGCACUGCCCAGGCGGGCGCGAAUGGACAGGCCGCUGGCACCGCUGGCACCGCUGGAAACCAAGGAGCUACCGCGAGUAACCCUAACGUUGCUGAAGGCUCCACUCAGGCCGCUCAGAACGCGAACGGCGGUGCUAACACUGGUGCUCAGCAAGGCCAACAAGGAACCAACACUGGCGCUAACACCGGCGCUCAGCAGGGCCAGAAUGGACAGACCGGCACCCAGGGCACGCAGGGCGCUCAACAGGGUCAGAAUGGCCAGAACACUGGUGCUCAGCAGAGCCAGAACGGCGGCGCUGCUCAGCAACAGCAGGGUGGUGCGGCUCAGCAGGGCCAGCAGCAGGGCGGUAACGCCGGCGCUGCUGCGCAGGGUAACGGCAACUAA